AGUCUAAAUUUCGUACACAACAAUAUUUUCUUUGGAAAAAUAUAAGAUCUAGUCUACGAAAGUCAUUCUUUGGGUUGAAUGUUAGAUUCCAUGCUUAGUAUCGGUUUGAAAUCAGCAUUUAUCAUUUUGCUUCCCGACACGUGCGAUUCAGGAAGUUAGAGUUCUUGUAUAGAAAUUUCAAUUUCGUUUUACUCUCUCGACUACUGUCUAUCUUGUUUUGGUCAUGUGGGGAAAUGGAAACGAUUGGAUUUACCUUUAAAUGGUUGGAAAGUUUUUGAUUAAUGAUGUCCAGUAAUCAGUUCCAAUCUACAGACUCCAGUCAUGAGUUUUUUGAUAAUAUUGGCAUGUCAGGGUCAAAUACUGGACAUUCACAAAACUAUGGUGGAGUUACUGAGAACUCAGGUUUCAACAACCAGUUACAGUUCCAUCAACUAGACUCAACUGGAUCUCAACAAAUGGUGGCAAGUUCUACCGCUAAAUAUUUUCAGCCCAGACCAAGCCAAGGAUAUAGUUCACCUAACCAAAACAUGGUACCAAGUAGUACUCUAUCCUUAUCCAGCAGGAUUGAGCAACAAGGUGCAGUAUCAACGGCUCAACUUUUCCAGCCAUAUCCUUCCACGGCUUCUGCAUUCUUUAAUGACAAUGGUGUUCAACAGGAUGCAACACAUACAAAUGAUAUUAUUUUGAAAAAGUCACCACAACAUGAGAACAAUGAUACUGCACAGCUUUUCCCAUCUGAUCAGAAAACUAAAUAUGGUGGACCUAAGUUUGAUCGACAUGGUCAUCAAACUUUCAAUCCGUCUGAACAAGCUACGCAGAUUUUUCAACCUCAGCUUACUACCAAUGAUAACUUAAAAUUACCUGGUUCUGCUACACAAGAGUUUCAAGGAUCUGUUGAUUCAGCAACAAGCAUCAUUCAGCAGCCAUCAGUUCAUUCAAAAAUCCCAUUUUAUGAGGUGCCAAAAUCUGAUGCUGCUAACCAUUUUGGUUUUCAUGACCAUUCAACGAUUAAUGGGAAUUCUGCUCAAGAAUCAUAUCCUUCAAUGAAUGCAUUUGAACAACAUGGACAUCAAGGAGACUUACCAACUCAUGUAGUAAAUGGGCCUGCACAGUAUUUCCAACCUCAAACUAACAUGAACCAAUUUGCAGAGCAGCUACAGUACCACAAACAAAACUUUGCUUUCAAUGAUGAAGGUCAGACCAAGGAAGAAGUGCCGAAUGUUUCAACUCAAACAGCGACUUUAUUUUCAUCAAAUUCGCAUGGUAAUGCUUUUGAUGAACUUGGGCCAAAUCAGUAUGAUUUAUCAACAAAUAGCUCACUAACGAACCCCCCUCAAAGUGUGGGAAACAAGGAUCAUUUACAACCAAGUUUUUCUUACUCUAGUUACAAUCCUAGUCAUCAUAUAUCUAAUACAUCUGUUAGUGGUUUUUCUCAUCCCAGCGAUGGACAAGUAUUAACUAGUGGUGUAUUUGAACAGACAAAUGUCCCACAAGUAACGCAGAACUCAAGCGACCAUGCUGAUUAUUAUUCGUCAGAAAGAUAUAGACUGUCGGGGGAUGUCGAGGGCAAAAACCAGUCAGUCACAGAUGAAAAUGCCUAUGUGGGUUCAACCUCAGCUUCUAAUACACCUGUGUCCCAGGCCCCCUAUGACAAUGUGCAGGGCUUGGACAUUGUGAGGACAACUGAACGAUCUUCUACCGAAACACGCAAAGAUAAUGAAGGUUAUAGACAUACAGCUUCAAAUCUCUACCCUCCAUCAUUAGGUCCAGAAAGUGAACCACAAUUUGAAUCAUCUACAUCACUAUACCCUCCAGGAUUGAACUCAGCUAUUCCUAUGAAUCACGGCGAGUCCCUUUACCCGCCAGGAAUGGAUUUAACUGAGUCAACCCUACCCCCGGCACAAGACAUGUAUCCAGAUCACACUUCAUCAUCAAGUAUGGUCAGUGCGUCAAACUCCGGUACAGAUCUACAAUCGAACUCAAAGUUUAAUCAAAAUCACGAGGCAGAACCCGAUUCAAAAGAUUCUCAGGCUGAAGAGCAGAGAUCAUUAAGUCAAGAUGUUUUAGAGCGUCCUGAUACAUCCACCUCUAACAUUUCUGGUAUUUCAACCGUACAUGAAAAUUUAUCUUCCACUGAACAAAAUCUUUUAUCGCCGAGUACAUUUAUGCAACAAACACAAAAUCCAAAACAGUCCUUGGAUGUCCAUGCUGAACCCCGUACAACCCAAACAGGCAGUUCACCUGUUAUUAGUCAACCGGCAGAAUCCAAAUCAAUGAUAAAUGACGUGGCUUUAGAUAAUCGAGGUGUGACCCACCACCAAAUCCCACCACAUUCUCACCUGUUGUCCUUAGUUCCGAGCAGCCUACAACAGAACGAAGCACGCUUCUAGCCAAAGAUAAUAGACCAAAUUCAUCAGCAUUCACCCCAAUACAUACAAACCUUCCCUUGCACCAUGCAGUACGAUCAAAUCUCGAAUCUCCAUUGCGUUCUCCCGUAGAAAAGGAGAA